GUAAGCACUAUAAUGUUAGAGAAACAUGUAAGAUGUCCAGGUUUCCCAAAGAUCGAAAAAGAAGGAAAAGGAAUCGUUGGAUAAAACUUACAAGGAGAACAGUUGAACCAGGUCCUGGCGCAUACUUAUGUAGUCAUUUUGUGGAUGGGAAAAAAGAAAAUGAACCUACAUUGUUUAAGUAUAAUAGGGAGAAGCAAUUGAACUUUCCAUCGCCAGAAAGAAGAACCCGUAAAAAGACCAUUGAUAAACCUUUUACUAUCUCAACAAUUUGAAAAUUGAACUCUAUAAUAUGUUACUUCAAAUUGGACCCUUUUAAGGGAUGUAUGCAAUAGUUAUGUGAUCUGUAGAAAUAAAAAUAGUUUA